AUGACCGCGAAGGACGUCACGCGCGACUUCGUGGGCAUCACUGUGCUCUUUGAGACGGGGCAGCGCGUGCGCUCCCAGCCGCACCGGCCGCUGUCUCGGGACGCCCGUCUCGCCCAGCAGAUCGCCGACCAGUUACGGCAGCAGGGGCUGUGUCUGCGCCAGCUGCAGGAGCUCGUGGGCACGAAAUCCAUCCUGGGCGAUGACCCGAGCGCCCAGAUCGCGACGCUGACGGACGUUCUGAAGAAGGAACUGGGCGCUAUCGAGCGCAAUAUCCAGAGGUUCCAGCAGACGAUCAACUUGCAGCGAGGGCGGCACCUGCAGCACCACCAGGCGCACUUUACGAUCGUGUGUCAGUCGCUCAAGGCGCGCUGUGCCAAGAGCGUGAAGGCUUUUCAUCACGCGCUCCAGCAACACACUGCAUCGAUUCGGGAGCGCAGCUCGAGACGCAGCAAGUUUUCGCAUGGAGGAGGCAAUGCCAUGGUGCACAUUAACGCGCCGCUCUUUACUCGGACUACUACAUCAGGAGGGAAUGGACGUCAAGUGGUGCCCACGGAUGGCCGCGCUCCUUUGCAGCCGCUGCGAGAUCAACAGCUAUGUCAAUCUACUACUGAUGGUAGCGGACCGCAGAAACUGCCUGCUUCGUCACCCACACCGACGAAACCUGGUACGAUGCUGUUGUCGGGGUCACUUGAUUCUGGACCUGGCCUCCGUCGCCGGGCGAACCUCGGUGCGAAUCCGUUCAUGCAGCAGCGCACACCACUGCCAGGAGGCGCAGGUGGCAUGCAGCAGCAGCAAUAUCGUCCUCGCGAAGACGCCCAGACGAGAUACAACAAUGCGGCACAAGUAGAGAGCACCAUUGUAGAGAUUACAGGCAUGUACACCCGAAUGGCCACCAUGGUCGCUGAGCAAGGAGAGAUGAUCUCGCGCAUCGAUGACGACAUGGACAUAGCGCAAACGAACGUGGAGGCGGCGCACGACGAGCUACUGAAGCUCUUCAAUAUGGUCCAGGGCAACCGGUCUCUGAUUCUAAAGCUCUUUCUCGUGCUGAUCAUCGUCAUAUUCCUCUUUGUCGUCGUCUUCUGA